AUGGUAAGUAUAUGUCCGUUACUUAUUCGUGCAUCGUUUAUUGGUCGAACUUAUCAUGAUUUUCAAUUAAAAUUUCAAUCUCCAUCAACAAAUUGUACUAAUGAAUAUCAAGAUAAUCCACUUCUUAUACAAUUUACUCGUAUUUUAAAUUCAACAUUGAAUGAUACAUCCUAUAUUCUAUAUAAUCCAACAGAAUCUACAAAUCAAUUUCCACAUUUACAAGUUUUUCAUAAUGAUCACGUUAAUUUAUGUAUCCGAUCAGCAUUACAUACGAAUAAUAAUGAUAUGAUAUGUCAUGAAUUUUAUAUGAUAACAAUGUUAUCAUCAAUAAAUACAAGUUUAUGGCCUUUAUUAAUAAUAUUUAGUUAUAUAACUAUAUUAUUAUUCGCAAUGUUAUUUUCAUUAUUUGCUCAAAAAUUUAAUAAAUUUUCUAAAACAUUAUUUUCACGUUCAAUAACAAAAAAAUUAGUUCGAAAACAUAAUAUUCGUUCAUUUAUUCCAUUAAUACAACGACAUGAACAUAAUCAUCAUUUGAAAAAAAUCGAUGAGAAAAAAGAAUUUUUAAAAUUAGUUGAUAUAAUUGCAAAAGAUUACCGAUCAAAAAACAAAUACAUUUAUUAUUCAGAUACAAAAUGA